ACUGGAAUUUCAGCCAUUCCUUUGUAGGGUAAACUGGGUCAUUUAACCUUUUAUUAAUUUUUUUCAUGAAACUUUCUAAAUCUGAGAUUAAAAAGGUGCGACAGAAAAAUACUUCUGAUUUCUAAAAGGUGGAGGAUAAACGACUCACUGAAUCAAUUAGUAGCAUAAAAAUGGUCCGAUCUCAGUAGUUAAUGUAGCCUUUCAUUCCAACGCCCGUGGAGCUCAUCAGAUUUAACUGUAUUUAGCUUAAAGUUGCAAUGACAUAUUUAGAAAAACAAAUUGGCUUAAAAAUUGUUCAUGCCACUCAACAACAUUCCAACAUAGUAUAGCUAUAAAUAUGUUGUGGAAAUAAAAAAAAAAGGUGUAAAAAAAUGAACAGUGGUUCUCACAUUUGUGUAAAUAUCUCAGCCAAUUACACAUUUUGGACCGAAAGCAACCAUUCGCCCAUCCAGUUGGUGGCCUCACAUCCCUGGGGUCACCACUCAUUACGCACUAACAUGUUUAGCCACAGAACACCACUGGUGUGAGAGGGUCAUGGCUCGACAACAUCAGAGCAGGAGAAACAGCCGGCUGCUAUCACUUCAACCUUAGAGCAAACUAAAAAAAAAAACAACAUUUGAAGCCACGGAAAACUAAAAACGUUUGGACAUAGAAAACGACGACUGGUUUCCACCGACAUCGCAGGUUUCCGGCUCCGAGGGGAGGGAUGAGUGUUCUGUGACCGUGUUUGCUUUCAAAACCUAGCUUGUUCUGUAGUUUUGUUACAACAGCUUUAAAGUUCUGUGCAAAGACCUGCCAGUAGAGCAGAAUUACCUCCCCUCUGAAAAGAUAAAUUGGCCUCAUUUAGCUCCAAGCUGACAAAAUCAGGGCUGUAAAAAUGCUUGUGCACAAACCUGUGGGUGACUUCGUGGUGGCCACUUACAUCUUUAAUGUGCUGCUUUACUCCUAGCAGCUGCCUACACUCUGUCCUGGUUUCCCUUCACCACUCUGCUUGUGCCAGUUUCAUCUCUCGCCUGUUGCAUUGGGGUUAUGUAAUCUAUAUUUCAACAGUAUUAUAUUUGCAGCCAGCUUUUUGUGGAGUUGCGGGACUCUGUUCCGCUCUUGCUACAUGUAAUCGAACUGCUUGAUAUAUUGUCAUGUGAAGGAGUGACUGUGUUUACACAAGAUCUGAAAAAAAACCUUAACUCUAAACAAGAACAUGAGCUGAAACUGGGUUUGCUUUUCAUCUGAAUGUGUCACCUUAUGCAUGACCCUCUCCUUGAUGCAUGCAGCCUUCCUCGGGCUUUCCCACUGUUGCUGACAAACUCUGACUAAGGCCCUGGGAGUGUGUUUCUGGUCUGAGUGCUGUGGCGGCGAGGGGGUGGGCGGGCAUGCAGCUGUGCAGGUCAGAUAUGUAGUUAACAGUGGACAGCAUUCAUACUCCACAUUUUGCUGCAGUGUGUCACUAGACUGCGUCUCUCAGUUCCUGCUGCUUCCCACUCUUUUCUUUGCUUCUCACAUCCAUCUGUGUCAGUUUCUCCCUUGUCUCACACACACACACGCACACACACAUGCACACACGUGCACCCUUCUCUUGCUUUUCUGUUCCCAUGUUCCUCCCUUUCCAGAGUUUCUCUGUAAAAGUAAAGUUGGUUCUUGAUCGCUUCUACUGAUUUUACCUCUUUCCUGCUUGUCUGUGUGUUCUGCUCCUGAUCGCAGCUCGCCCACAUAUGCACGUACCUCUCUCUCCCUGAAUACCAAAUAAAAAGCACGUUACUUCAAGCAGAACUUACUUACGGAUUCUCCCCCCAGACAAACUGUGUUAAAGCUUUAGAUCAUCUCAUGCUGUAAUAAAUACACUUGCAAGGCAGGAAAGGGGGCUGUGUGUGUGCAGGUGUGUGUCAGCAAAAGUCUCCACUUUUUUGCUCCAAUGACAAAAAAGAAAAACUUUCAUUUUGCUUUUUCUGUAAACGGUUUUCAAAGUUAAGCCACAGGAAGUGGAGGGAGGACUGCGGGGAGAGGGAGGAGAAAAAACAUGCAUGCAGGUCAGCAACCCCUCAUUUAAAAACUUGGAGUCAAGAGAGGCAACAAACUUUUUCUCUCCUUCCUUUUUCUCCCUUCCCCCCAUUCCCCACACCCUUCUCAAAUGAUCCCUCGUGCAUCAAGCUCUAAAAAAGAAACUGAAGCUUCAGGAGGGCUGAGAAAGUUUGCUGUGUCUGUGCAUGACUGUGCGUCUGUGUGUCUGCUGGAGUGUGUAUCGCUCUCAGGGUGUGUGUAUGCGUGUGUUUCUGUAUGUGUGCUUAGGUCUGUGUGGGAAUGAUUACAUCAGCCCGCUGCAGCUUUAUGAUUGGUUGUUGAGUGUGUGGUUUGAUUCUGUGUGCCUUGGAGCCUGUGGCUCAGGCUGUAACCCUUUGUGAGGGGGAGGGAGAGGAAAGGAAAGAGAGGAAGAGCGAUAGUUGUCAGACUGAGCCGGCUCUAGAAGCACUGCACUGUACCUGCUGCCAUCCUACGCUGACUGUUUCUGUCCUGUGUGUGUGUGUGGAUGAGAGACACACACACACACUGGCUUUUAUUCACACAGAUUGAUCCUCAUCUAUUUUUAUUUUUGACCAGCAGUCAGUUUGAGAUUCAGAGACAUGCUAUUAGAAAUGUUGUCAGCAGCUCAGCUGUAGGCUUUCAAAGUUCUACCUUCCUCUCUGGUGGAGAAAGGUCUGGAGAACAGCAAGAUUUCCUGUCUUAGGGACAGUGUGUAACUGUGUGUGUGUGUGUGUGUGUGUGUGUGUGUGUGUGUGUGUGUGUGUGUGUGUGUGUGUGUGUGUGUGUGUGUGUGUGUGUGUGUGUGUGUGUGUGUGUGUGUGUGUGUGUGUGUUUGAGAGAGUUUGAGGAGCCAGACACACUCCAGAAAUGCCUUCGCGUUCCCCAGACUGCUGCUUAUUGCGUGCCGUGGAGAUCGUAAAGAUCUUCAGUGAAGAUGGCAUCGGUAAGGUUGUCGAGAUCCCUGCUGACAUGACAGCCAGAGACCUGUGCCAGCUCCUGGUGUAUAAAAGCCACCUUGUGGAUGACAACAAAUGGUCGCUUGUUGAACACCACCCACUGUUGGGGCUAGAGCGUUGCCUCGAAGAUCAUGAGUUGGUGGUUCAGGUCCAGGCCUUCAUGAACAGCGACAGUAGAUUUCUCUUCAGGAAGAACUACGCCAAAUAUGAAUUCUUCAGAAACCCUCUGACAUUUUUCCCGGAGCACAUGGUUGCGUGGUGCCAGGAAAGCGAUCAUACGAUUCCACCCUCACAACUCCUUCAGAACUUCCUUUCAACCAGCAGUUGUCCAGAAAUCCAGGGCCAUUUGUACAUGAAGGAGGUGGGGAGGAAGUCGUGGAAAAAGGUUUACAUGUUCCUGCGUCGCUCAGGACUCUAUUGUUCUACAAAGGGAACCUCAAAGGAGCCUAGACAUUUACAGCUACUAGCAGACCUGGAGGAAAGCAACAUCUUCACUGUCACCCUAGGCAAAAAGCACCACGGUGCUCCCACAGACUACCAUUUCUGUAUCAAACCCAAUAAAACUAGAGGGGAGAUGAAGGAGCUGAGAAUGCUGUGUGCUGAGGACGAACAAAGCCGCACCUGUUGGAUGACUGCCUUCCGACUCUUUAAGUAUGGGAUUGUGUUGUACCAGAAUUAUGGAGUUCCUCAACAAACAAAAACCUUACUUUCACACUUUUCAGCUCCUGUGAGGAGUGUGUCUGAAAACUCCCUUGUGGCGAUGGACUUCUCAGGGAGGAUAGGAAGGGUGAUCGACAACCCGGUCGAGGCUCAGAGUGCUGCCAUGGAGGAGGGACUCGUGUGGAGGAGGAAAACUCGAAUGCACAUAUUAGGCUCCCACAGUCCCUUACACCACUCUUCACUAAACUCAGUCAUCCACAUAGCCCAGCUGUGGUUCUACGGCAGGAUAACCAGAGAGGAGUCCCAUCGGAUCAUCCACCAGCAGGGACAAGUAGACGGGUUGUUUCUGCUGAGAGUCAGUCAGAGUAACCCAAAGGCCUAUGUGCUCACAUUGUGCCAUCACCAGAAGAUCAAACACUUUCAGAUUCUGCCGUGUGAAGAGGAUGGUCAAGUCUUCUUUAGCCUCGACGACGGCGUGACGAAAUUCACCGACCUGAUUCAGCUGGUGGAGUUCUACCAGUUAAACCGAGGAGUUCUGCCUUGUAAACUCAAACACCCAUGCACCGUUGUUGCCUUAUGACAUCUUUGGAUAGUCUGACCCCGUGACCCCCGUGACACUUGACCUGACUCUGCCUGAAUAAGCAAACAAAGAGAACCUCGCCGUGGGUUCUGAUUGUUUUCUUUGUUCUUUUUCUUCCAAGAAGCUGGUGAAUUGACUGAUGUUUUUGUUGUUGUCAUUUCUCAUUGUGAUUCUGCUGCAGACUGCUGGCUGGUUGGACGUUUUGCUUUUAUUUGCAUGGAGGUUUGAGGAACCUGAUGCACAACUUGCUCGUGGGUUCUUCGGUUACGAUAAGCGAAGGUUAAAAAAACCAACACUGCCACGUGUCUCAAUGCUGUUGCGUGUAAUCUUCAUCAUCAUCAUCAGUUAUCCAGGGACCUUGAGGCUUCACCUCAGACUUGUUUCUCUCUUCGAGUAGACAAUGAGCAGCACAGUCUGAGUUUUCACGUGGACCACUCGAGGCGUUCGAACUUUCUCUUUUGCAUCAUCAAAAGAGUAAAUGGAGCGGGUUUUUUUCCCUCUUGGUUUAAGCUCAUUGAGGUGUGUGUGUGUGUGUGUGUGUGUGUGUGUGUGUGUGUGUGUGGCCUUUGAUGGUGCAUGACCUCUUUACUGGUGCAUUACUAAAACAUGGUGCCACCUCAUUUUACUGUCACAAACAUCCCCAGUUGUCCAAAGCUGAACAUGUUUGAACAUCGCAAAGGCUCAGAUGUUCCGUUGGUAAAGCAUCUUUAAAACUCUCCUCUGUCAGUUUUUUAGAAUGUAACCACACAAGGUUAAUGAUGCAUAGUUUAUAUUUUUUAUUUAUUUGCAAAAAUCUAAAUUCUUCAGUUUUUACUGUCUUAAAUACUUGCAACUCUCUGUCAUUCACAUCAGCUACAGCCAAUUCUGUUUGUCACUUCAUCUCCCUGAAGUAUUUACCUGGCAACCUGCACAAUUGAACUGAAUUACAAUGGAGAGAAACCGGCAACCUCAGGCUUAUGCUGCAGUUUUAUCCACUUUACUGCAGAGAAAUCUGACAGUUGCACAAGAUCAGGUCAUGCCUCACCACUCAUGGAAUCAUUUACUUCAAAUGUUUUACUAAGUCAUUAAGCAAAAAGUUGGUGUAGAUUUAAAUGUUUUUGUGAAACACCGCUGGACUUUCUUUCUUUUCAAGACAUUUCACUUCAUACUCAGAGUUUUCUCACGGAAAAUCAAGAUCUAAGAAAGCUCAUUGGAUAAGGAACACAGUAAAUAAUUAAGUCCAGUCGCCCUUUAAAACUUUCAAGCAUUCAUAGUAUUGGCAGAAAAUCGGCCUGUUGUAUUUUUUAUUGUUGUAGAGGAAGAAGAUAGUCUCAGCAAAGGCUACAUUUAUCCAUUUAUGAAUAUAAAUGUAAAAAUAAAUGUGAUCGGCAAAAUAUGAGAUUAUAUUUGUACAAAUAAGUGUUUAUUUAUAUAUUUUUAUUCCCCCCAAAGAAACACAGAGUAAACAUUCUGCUGAUGAUGAUUUGGUCAGAUUAAUAGGAAAUGGACUCAGUGGCAGCAGUGACUUACUGUAAUUACAGUAAAUGGAAGAUUUCUGUUCAGUCCAGCAGAUUUGUUUUAAUUUUUCAUAAAUAGAAUCACCAAACCCAAACGCUAGCUAGAUGUAAGUCAAAGCUGUAAUCUCUUCUCCUCCUCAUCAUAAUCAGGUAACACAAGCCAUUGCCAGUGUUCAGGACACCCUGCUGUGAAAUGUCUCAUCACUCAGAACUUGUUUUUAUUGUCUCUUUUUUCAUAUGUUCACUACAUCAGAAACUUCUUGCUAAUCCAAGUUUUUUGUUUGAUUGUUAUUGUGCAGGGCUUUUGCAGUUUGCUACAUUUAGCUGAUCAGCAUUGAAAUGAUAUAUUUUCAUGCAUCAGCAGCCAUCCUGUAUGAACCAGCAGGUUUGUUUGUUUAUCAUCUGAAAUGCAGAAUAGCAGCACUAUUUUGACUUUCUGUGCAAGGUUACCAUAAUUUAUCUCCAAUGCAAUGACUUUUUUUGUUUUUAUUUUAUGAUGCCGCAAAUUGUAUUUAUUUAUCUGGAUGUGACUGAUUACUUGAAAAUUGAAGAAUUUUGUAUUUCUUUUCAGCGCUGUUCUAUAUUGUUUUUCUUGUCAUCACCUUGGAAUCAUUGUGACAAUUAUCAUUGUAAUAACUCAGUCUACGUUCAUUUUAUUUUUAUUCUCUCUGAUAUCUAUAUAUAUACACACACACACACACACACACACACACACACACAUACAUUUUAUAUAUAUAUAUAUAUAUAUAUAUAUAUAUAUAUAUAUAUAUAUAUAUAUAUAUAAAACAAUUGACCCACACUUCUUAUGAAGUGGCGUUUAAGCACAUGGACAGCAUUAGUUCUCAUUUUGUUGUUGUUUGAUGACAAAUGAAUUUUUUUUUGAAAAUUCAAACAAAAACAACAAAAAAGUAUCAGCAUUUUCCAGAACAAAUUUUAGUGAAUAGAAACCUUCUUUCCCCCCUCCCCCCCAGCUUAAAUAUGUAGUGGGCUACCAUAUCUAUCCACUAAGUGGUGCACUAGAGCAGCAAAACCUUGGCAUCUAAAACACGAUCUAAAUGUCAUCAAAUCUCCUAAAUCUGACUUUUUUGCUACAAACUGGCUACAGGGACUGACAGGUACGUGCCAGUGGACUGGCUUCAGCUAAAAGAUUAUAGAUCAGUGGAGGGAAAACUCAGGACUGUUUGGACUAGUACACACACACAAGCACACACACACAGAGCUAUAACAGUGUGGAAGAUAACAUGCAUUUUUAUUAGCAACACAUUAAAGACAAUCAGGAUGAAUUACUUUUUCUGUAAGAACACUGAAAAGCCAGUGUACAUUCUGCACAAGGACAACUCUUAUUGUACAUCAAAUUUUCUCAUAAGUUACCUUUUAUCUUCAUCAAACGCUGGAAACUAAAUACCGAAAUACCUUCUAAUUUCCUGUGCACAAAAGAGUAGCAUGUGGAAUAAAAUAUUUUGAAAUGCUUUCAAAACAAAAAUGAAAUAGACAUAAAUGUCCCCAACUGCAUGCAUUACAAACCUUUGGGAAAGCAAAAUAAACACAUUUACAUUUCUUGGGCUGCUGAGUCAGUGUGAGAUUAGAGUAAAAUGAAGUCCAGCAAAGACAGAAUUACUGGUUUUCUGUUGGUUCUUGUCCAGAGUCAUGUCAACACAAGAUAACAUGUUUGUACAAAGGAAAACUAUAAAGCUAUGAUGUAUUUCAGGGAAUGAAAAAAGAAAACAUCUUUUUUGUAAAAAAGAGCUUCUGUAUUCAUAAUGUGCUUUGCUUCAAUCUGUAAAUAGUUGGUCUUGUUACCUUUCCAGGUAUUUUUGUAAAAAUUAAAAAGAUCCAUUGACUUUAA